AUGGCCGAAGUUCUCGCCUACCUCAACGAAGUAGUCAAGAGUGUUUCGUCAUGGUUAAUGCCGACCGAGCUGGAUGAUAUCGUACGAUUUUUGCUCGGCCGGCACGUCCAGACCGUCGACCUCGACGCCGCCACGACGGCAUCCGGGGGCCUUGAAAAAGGAACGGAUGGCCCCACCGCAGCGAAUGCGCAGGCCGAGGCGGAAGCGGAGUGGCUUCCCUCACCGCCGCCUCUCCGGCAAAUCGCCCUGCCGGACGGGUUGACGGCCUGGCAUGACUUUAUUCCGCUCGGGAUCGCCACGGACAGUGUGGUGUGGGGGCAUUCCGGGGAUGAUGGGGCGGCCCUGCAGACGUUUUUCCGCGGCCGCGGCUUUGACGCCGUCCUUUCGGUGAAUUUAACCCCCACCAACGGCGCCACGCUGACGGGGCCCUCGAGCGCCCUUCCGCACGAGGACGCCCAGGCGGAGGGCCCGAGCGCGUCCUUUCGCAGCAUCCAGGAAUCGCGCUUUACCUGCGUGGAGGCCAUCCGCGAGUGGUGCAAGGCGGUGGAGGAGGCGUCCAAGGCGGGGGCGCCUGAAUCGCCCGCGCGGGGAUCGACGGGGCCGUUUCCCGGUUUGAACGCCGAGGCCAAACGAGGCAGGGACGCGCUUGACCGCCCAUCCCCGGCCUUUCCCAAGGGGUUCACAACGCGGCGGCUUCUUGUUAUCGUCCGCUGCUGUACGGAUAAUCGUGCGACCUUCUCGACGACCGUGAGCGGCAAACCUUCGCCUCGGGGUCGGCGGAAGGCGAAUGGCGCGGACAACGUCGGGGCCGCGCGGCGGCAUCGAUACGGCAGCGAUCAACUUCAACUUUUUCUUCACGAUUUCUCCUCAUUGGGGACCUUUCACAACAUCCGACUGAGGCGACGGGGCUGGGGGAUUCACUUGGCCCUUCUUUUACUGCCCGAGGAUCAGCUCUACGGCGGGGCCCUUUUGGAGCGACGGCUGGAGGAGGACGUUCGCCACCUCUACCAUGUUAAACUUUUCACCCAACACGAUGACUACAAUGUCGACGAGAACGCGAAUCAGGGCGAGUCCGCGUUGGGGUUUAACCCCCACAGGCCCUCGGCGACCUUCGCGCGGAUUCACCGCCUGGCGAUGUUGUGGGAGCCCUCUUUACUUCGCCCCCCUUCUUCCACCGAGGCGGCCCCUCGGGCGAAUUCCGAUGGCGACGCCGUCGCUUUUCGAAUGGAGGAUCUCGAACGGCGUCUUCUUCGGGAGCGGCGUUUUUUCUUUCUUCGCCCGCACAACCUGCCGCUUUGUUGUUUUCUCCGUGAGGCCCUUCGGCGCUUUCCCUUGCUCGUCCCGAGCGCCGUCCUGCGGGGCUGGCAGCGGGUUUGGGCCGUACGCCACUCCCUGCAGGACGUCGUCCUCGGCUUUCACACCAUUUUGAUGCCCUUCGCGUUUUCCAGCCGGUGGGCGGCCGAAUCGUCGGAUCGCCCUUCCGGCGCGUUCGGGCCUGGCGGGGAUGAGGGCGACCCGGCGCUUUCUGCGGUCGCCCCCGCGGCAUCCCGCGAUGAAAUUCGCAAACGACGGCGAACGACCCGCGCGGAUCUUUUGGCGGACACGACGGCGAUUUUGGAUGGACUUCUCAGCGCGUCGGACGCCGUGGGCCGCGGCUACCGGCUCGAUACCGCCGUGAUUUUUAUGCUGCUCUACGCCGAGCUCCUUGACGGCCAAGGCGGUAGCCUGCACGUUCUGGGCUGCCAGCCCGUCGUCAAAGCCCUCGAGGAGAUUUACGAUCGGGAAGAAGAGGCCUGCGGGAUGUCCUUUGGCGAUGCGGAAACGGUGGCCCCGGAGGGGAGUUCGCUUGUCGACACCAAACACAAAGCGCGGUGGGCCCUCCAGCACUAUUUGCCGUUUUUCCGCCCCGCGAAGGGCGUCCCGGCGGUCACCGUCGAGCAGCUCCCCAACCUGAAGAUUUCCCUGGCCAACACCCUGGCGAAGACCCUCUUGGACUCCGUCCUCCCGCCCGAUCGCUCCAUGCAGGAGAUUCUGCGGGUCGCCACGUAUCAAGUGGAUUCGCUGGCCACUUUGCAUACCCCCCAAUCCCCCGAAUAUUGUGAAGGGGCAUGGGAUGAGAGAGGCGUACUUUCCGAUAACAAUUUCUACCACAUCAAUAUUCCAGACAGCGUGCGGGUUUUGUAUUUACUGACCGCCCACGCGCAGCGUUGUGAGGUGGAAAAGGCCAAAUAUGUGCGUAUUGUGGAGCUACAGCAGGUCGCGCAGCUCUCAGACGAGGCGGUUCUAUUGGUUUUGAAGGAACUGGAGAUGACUGGAUUCAUACAAAUUAACUUUCAGUCUCAAACCGCAUGUAGUUUACUGCAGUGA